AUGAAGGGGAAACUGAGUCCCGAGGGAUCAGCAGGUCCUCCUGUGGUCACCCAGUUUGGGGCUCUCCCCUCUGCCACGGCCAUGCCGGCCCCGACGGGGAGCCCGGAGAUCCGAGCUCCGGAGCGUCUCACCUUCAGCCUCUGGGACUACGGAGUCUUCGGGCUGAUGCUGCUCAUCUCCACGGGCAUCGGGCUCUUCCACGGCCUCGCCAGGGGCGGCCAGAAGACCUCGGAGGACUUUUUCACGGGGGGCCGGCGCAUGUCGGCGCUGCCCGUGGGGCUCUCGCUCUCCGCCAGCUUCAUGUCGGCCAUCCAGGUGCUGGGAGUGCCGGCGGAGGCGUUCCGGUACGGCGCCAAAUUCCUCUGGAUGUGCAUGGCACAGCUCAUCAACACCCUGCUCACCGCCCAGCUCUUCCUGCCCGUCUUCUACCGCCUGGGGCUCACCAGCACCUACGAGUACCUGGAGCGGCGCUUCAGCAGGAGCGUCCGGCUGUGCGGGACCCUGCAGUACGUGGUGGCCACGAUGCUUUACACGGGGAUCGUCAUCUAUGCCCCCGCCCUGAUCCUCAACCAAGUGACCGGGCUGGACAUCUGGGCCUCCCUGCUCUCCACCGGGGUCAUCUGCACCUUCUACACCACCAUCGGUGGGAUGAAGGCUGUCAUCUGGACCGACGUCUUCCAGGUCUUUGUCAUGCUCUCGGGCUUCAUCGCCAUCGUCGUCCGGGGCUCUCUGCUGGUGGGGGGUCCCGCCAAGGUGCUGGGCAUCGCUGCCAACAGCUCCAGGAUAAACUUUGGAGACUUCAACCCGGACCCGCGGAGCCGGUACACGGUGUGGACCUUCCUGCUGGGCGGGACCCUGGUCUGGCUCUCCAUGUACGGCGUCAACCAGGCCCAAGUGCAGCGCUACGUGGCCUGCAGGACCGAGAGGGAGGCCAAGAUGGCGCUGCUGGUGAAUCAAGUGGGGCUGUUCUGCAUCGUCUCCAGCGCGGUCGCCUGUGGCCUCGUCAUGUUUGCCCUCUACAAGGACUGUGACCCCCUCCUGGCCGGCGCCAUCGCCGCCCCCGACCAGUACAUGCCCUACCUGGUCCUGGACAUCUUCGAGACCACCCCAGGGGUGCCGGGGCUGUUCCUGGCCUGCGCCUACAGCGGGACCCUCAGCACGGCCUCCACCUCCAUCAACGCCAUGGCCGCCGUCACCGUGGAGGAUUUCGUGAAGCCGCGGCUGCCCUCGCUGUCCCCCAGGAAGCUCACACUCAUCUCCAAGGGGCUCUCUCUCACCUACGGCACCUCGUGCAUCACGGUGGCAGCUCUGUCCUCUCUGCUGGGGGGGGGCGUCCUGCAGGGCUCCUUCACGGUGAUGGGGGUGAUCAGCGGCCCCUUGCUGGGGGCUUUUGUCCUGGGAAUGUUCCUGCCCUUCUGCAGCACGGCCACCCCCCUCCUGUCGCAGGGUGUCCUGGGGGGUCUGGCUGCUGGCUUUGCCCUGUCCCUCUGGGUGGCCGUGGGGGCCACCCUGUACCCCCCCAGCGCGGCCACCAUGGGGGUCCUGCCCAGCUUCGACACCCUCUGCCCUCCCCGCAACGGCACCGGCGCCAAUGGCACCACCCUGCCCACACCCCUCGGCCCCCCCGGGGACCCCCCGGAGCCCACACGACCGACCAUCCUGGGGGACUUCUACUCCAUGUCCUACCUGUACUACGGGGCGCUGGGGACCCUCAGCACGGUGGGGGUGGGGGUCCUGCUCAGCUCCCUGCCAGGGCCCACCCGGCAGAGGGGGCGGCCCCCGGGGGUGCUGUGGUGGGACAUCGUGAGGAACGCACCCUCGGGGUUCCCCCCGGGGGGCAGGAGCCCCGGGGACGAGCCCCUGGACAAGGCUGGAGCUUCCCGGGCGCUGCCGGAGAGGUUGGAGGGGGAGGGGAGCCCCUCCUGGGACCCCCCCGAGCCUGGAGCCGCCGCGGAGCUGCUGGUGCGGGAGACCCACGUGUAGGGGGACGGGGGGGCGUGGUGACCUGGCUGUGGGGGGGGGACAGCAGGAUGGGGGACACAGCCCUGUUCUGGGGUCGCAAAUAAAGGAGGAGCUGAUCCUGGGAGGAGCCUGUCCUU